ACUGACUGGCGGACUGGCUGGUGGUAUUGGGUGCCAGCGGACCGAGGGCCCGUCCUCUAGGCGGGCUGCCCUUUCCCAGCCGCCCCGGCCCGUGGAAGCGCGCGUCCCGCCGGACAAGCCGAGGAAUCGCGAGCGCGGCGCGUGGGGGAAGACGCUGCCGCCUGCGCGCCGGCCGUGCUCGGUCGCCGGGGAAAGGCUCGCCUAAGCGAGGAGGAACAGGCCUGAAGCGGAGGGCCUCGGGCCGGGACCCGAGGAGGAUGAGCUGGCUCUUUCCCCUGACCAAGAGCGCGUCGUCCUCCGCGGCCGGGUCCCCCGCCGGCCUCACCAGUCUGCAGCAGCAGAAACAGCGGCUGAUCGAGUCGCUCCGGAACUCCCACUCCAGUAUAGCUGAAAUACAAAAAGAUGUAGAAUACAGAUUGCCAUUCACAGUAAACAACCUAACAAUUAACAUUAAUAUAUUACUUCCUCCACAAUUUCCUCAGGAAAAACCAGUGAUUAGUGUUUAUCCACCAAUAAGACAUCACUUAAUGGAUAAUCAAGGAUUAUAUGUUACCUCGCCAUUAGUAAGCAAUUUUACAAUGCACUCAGAUCUUGGAAAAAUUGUUCAAAGUCUUUUGGAUGAGUUCUGGAAGAAUCCUCCAGUUUUAGCUCCUGCUUCAACAGCAUUUCCAUACCUGUAUAGUAAUCCAGGUGGGAUGCCUCCUUACCCUUCUCAAGGUUUUCCAUUUCUUCCUUCAUAUCCUCCACAAGAAGCUAACAGGAAUAUCACAUCUUUGUCUGUAGCUGACACUGUUUCUUCUUCAACCACAAGUUAUACCACAGCCAAGCCAGUGGCACCUUCAUUUGGCAUCCUUUCAAGUCUGCCUUUACCUGUUCCCACAACAGAAUCUUCAGCGCCGAUUAACCAAAAUGGUUUUGGUUAUAAGAUGCCGGAUAUCCCUGAUGCAUUUCCAGAACUUUCAGAACUAAGUGUGUCACAGCUCACAGACAUGAAUGAACAGGAAGAGGUGUUACUAGAACAGUUCCUGAUGUUGCCUCAACUAAAGCAAAUUAUUGCUGACAAGGAAGACCUUGUAAAAAGUAUCGAGGAAUUAGCAAGAAAAAAUCUCCUUUUAGAGCAUAGCUUGGAAACCAAAAGGCAAACCGUUUUAGAUAAGUAUGAAUUACUUAUACAAAUGAAAUCUACUUUUGAAAAGAAGAUGCAAAGACAACAUGAACUCAGUGAGAGCUGUAGUGCAAGUGCCCUACAGGCAAGAUUGAAAGUAGCUGCACAUGAAGCUGAGGAAGAGUCUGAUAAUAUUGCCGAAGACUUCUUGGAGGGAAAAACUGAAAUAGAUGAUUUUCUCAGUAGCUUCAAGGAAAAGAGAACAAUUUGCCACUGUAGAAGAGCUAAAGAAGAGAAGCUUCACCAGGUGAUUGCAAUGCACAGCCAAUUUCAUACUCCUCUAUAGAUUUUCCAGAAAACAUGAAUCAAGAAAGAAAUGGGACCCAAAACUAAGCACAUUGUUUUAUAUUUAUGACUUACAAAUUGGCAUUUCAUGACCAUGGCUGAAAUCCAGAUUCCCUCUAUAAAUUAUGUACAUGACAGAGACUGAUUUUGUAUAGAUUAGAAUGAUUGGUAUAUUUGUUUUGAGAGAUUUUUUUUCUGCACUAUUUGCACUAAAAUGUUUAUUGUUGGCAAAUCCUGUAUUUAAGUUCUUCUGUUAUUCCUGAUUAAAUAUCUACACAUGUAAUUCUAGCUAGUUUUUAAUAUUUUAUAAAACUACUGAUUAACAUUUGUAGUUUUAACUUGAA